AUGACCGCCGUCGUCGAUACCCUUCCCUUCCCUUCCUUCGCAGACACCGUUCCCGCCGCCGACCUGGAAUCAUUGCGUGGCCUGUCGGAUGUCGCCGUCCGCGCACGGGUCGUCGCUCGCGCUGAAGAAUAUCGACGCAUCGCGCUGGCUCUCCUCUCGAUCUACAACUCCAUCGCACCCAUCCACCGCACCUGCCCGAACGAAAUCCUCUCCGAGGUCCUCUCGCACUGUUGGCAGGACAAGCGCACGUCCACCUCCUUCACUUGCGCUCAAGACGCCGAAGCUGUGGCAGGCAGCCAUUCCAGACCCCGACUCGAGCCACCCGCUUCCUUCAACACCCGCCAGCUGCGCAGAAAUAGGCGUGGCGCAUUCGCAGCGUCCGUGUUUAAAUGGUCUUCACCCGAGCCUAUCCGCGUCAAGAUCAAUCUUCUCAUGAAUGCCGCGGUAAACGCGCUUGCUCCGCAUGCUGCUCGACUUGUCGAUCUGUACGUCCACCUCACCGGCGCCGGGCAACUGGCUGCUCUGUGCAAGAUUAUAGAAAAGGGAACACCCAGGCUUGAAGUCCUCGGAAUCGCGUUCGUGGGACGCGUUGGGAAAUACGACGACUGGACCAAUGCAGACAUCGACGCAGAUACACACUGGACCGUCGCAAAUGACCUCUGCAAAUGGAGGGGAAAAGCUUGGCGCAUCGCCUUCGCCGUCGUCCCGCGCCUUCACACCCUCCGCUGCAUCCCCGUCGACAUCUUCCCGUACUUCACCUGUCCCACACUACGCGAGCUGUGCUUGACCCCCUCACGAUCGACCCAAAACCACGUCGCGGCGUUGGCUCAUGCCCUGAGACAGUGCCCGAACCUGACUCACCUGACGUGGUGCCUGAAUGGCGAACGUACCGACGACACUGACGACGAGGACGAAAACGGGGGUAGCGUGGAUAUUGUCGACACUUUCUUUCCCAGCUUCUCUCCUUCAGUUUGGCAAGAUGCCGGAACGGUCGAUCUACCCGCUCUGCAAUCGCUGGUCUUCAACGUCCAAACACAUCCAAUGAUGGCCGCUUAUGUCUCCCUUUUCUCCCUCCCACUUCCUCCACACACUGAGGUCGUGGUGGAUGACUCCACCGUCUGGGAGUUGUCCAGAUCGGUGCAACUCGCGGAGUGGAUGAAAACCGUCGACGCUGUCCGAUUCACGCUGCGAUCUUCAUCCGGUAUACGCGCAAAUAGUAUCAAUCCUCCCGAAAUCAUCACCAUGUUCCGCCAGGUCAAUGGCACCGUGAUCACCCACCUCGUCCUCCGGCAGACAUGGCCGAUCGUAAACUGUGGUAGCGACAAAUUCGUUCUCCACGCGUUCCCACACCUCGUCUCCCUCGAGGUCGCUGGCCCAUGCAUCGCAUCAACCCUGGCAGCACUACGAUCAAAGCAUGUCGAAGGGCCUCACGAGCUCACAUGUCCUCGCCUGGAGACUCUCGUCGUGACCUUUCCUCUGCCGCUGCAAGCGCGAGGAGAUGUGGGGAAGAUGAUGACUACCGGUCUGGCGGAGUGGGAAGAGAAGCUUGCGGGAAGCCUGAGGUCGUGGAGCUCAGACCUCGAGAGAAUGCUCGGUCGACGAGCGGUGGCGGGGUAUCGUCUGAAGCAUCUCGAGUGGAAGGGAUGGGAGUGGGAUACGAAUCUCAGACUCGAGUUCCCUCCGUCAGCGGUUGUCCGCACGGACUUCCCGAACCCGACGCUGUACAAUCAGGCGGGGUUGGAGCAGUGGGUCGACGGUGUGGUCGUCUUUGGCGGGAUUACAUACCAGGCUUCGUCGGAAUAG